AUGGAAGAAGCUGCAUGGUCAUCGAUAGCAGAUAUUGAUUUGGAAGCCGGAGAUCCUUACAAAGAAUUAGAACUCAUAAUACAAGAAGAGAAACAACCCAUUUUCAAAUUACCUGCAUCUCUCAAAAUGGGGAAUGUGAAAAUGUAUGAACCACAAGUAGUGGCUAUAGGUCCAUACCAUUAUGGUAAACCUCAUUUGAUGCCAAUGGAAGUUCACAAGAAAAGAGCAUUAAUCCAUUUCGUCAAGAGAUCAGGCGUUCCUCUUCAGACAUACAUCGACCAACUUAUGAAAGUUGUGGAUGAAUUAAAGAUGUCUUACGCGCAGCUGGAUCAAGAAUGGAAAGAUGAUGAUAGGAGAUUCAUUGAGCUCAUGAUUGUCGACGGAUGCUUCCUUCUUGAAUUCUUGGCUGUUGGUACAAAGGUAUCUAUUGAUGAUUACGCUCGCAGUGAUCCCAUGUUCAGCUUUCAAGGGAAGAUUGUUAACUAUGAUUCUGCAAUUAAAGACUUGUUGACAGUUGAAAACCAACUUCCUUAUCUUGUUCUUACAACUUUACUGUCCGUGGCACGUCCAAAUGAGGAUGCACACGACACCAUAUCAGAUAUGAUGCUGUGCCACAACGAAGGUCCACGGCGUCACAUUCUUGACCGCUAUGCAGAGAGAGUACUUGAGGCACCAGAUUUGGAACUGGAGAGAGGAAUGAAAUUACCUACUGGAUAUUCAGCAUCAGAGCUGUACUACCAAUUUGGCAUACAAUUCCGAAGGGUUGGUGGCUAUAAAAGUAUCAAGUUCGAUGACAAACAAGCAAUCUUAACCCUUCCUCCUAUCAUGAUCCACGACGAUCACCAAAACCCAUUUCUGAAUAUGAGAGCAUUCGAAGUUUGGGUGAGCAAAGAUUUGAAGUUUCACUCUUUCAUUUACCUCAUUAAAACUCUUGUUCAGUCGGUCAAGGAUGUCGCGUUGCUAAGAUGUCAAGGGAUUAUAGUUGGUCCCUUAGACCACGAAGCUGUCCUUAAAUCUAUUCAGGUUUUCACCAAGGACAUAGGAAUGUUCAAUGUGGAAUCUGAACCUAUUGUUGCACUUCAGAAGAUGAAUGAGUAUUGCAAACGAAGAUCAGUCAUGUGCUGGAGAAUGUGCAGGAUUUGGAUUUCGAAUCUUUAUGAAAAUUACUUUAGUAAUCCAUGGACUACUAUGUCAGUAGUAGCAGCUGCUAUUCUAUUGGCCCUUACUGUUGUGCAAACCAUUUACACUGUUCGCUCUUCUAGGUGCGACAAAAAAGUGUAA